AUGGAACAGGACAACAAACACAGAAUAGUACAACAACCACAGAACAGGACAACAACCACAGAACAGGACAACAACCAUAGAACAGGACAACAGCCACGGAACAGACAACAACCACAGAACAAGACAAUAUCCACGGAACAGGUCAACAAACACAGAACAGGACAACAACCACAGAACAAGACAACAACCAUAGAACAGGACAACAACCACAGAACAGGAAAACAACCACGGAACAGGACAACAACCAUAGAACAGGACAACAACCACAGAACAGGAAAACAACCACGGAACAGGACAACAACCACAAAACAGGACAACAACCAAAAAACAGAACAACAACCACAGAACAGGACAACAACCACAGAACAAGACAACAACCAUAGAACAGGACAACAACCACAGAACAGGAAAACAACCACGGAACAGGACAACAACCAUAGAACAGGUCAACAAACACAGAACAGGACAACAACCACAGAACAAGACAACAACCAUAGAACAGAACAAGACAACAACCAUAGAACAGGACAACAACCACAGAACAGGACAACAACCACAGAACAGGACAACAACUAUGAAACAGGACAACAACCACGGAACAGGACAACAACCAUAGAACAGGACAACAACCACAGAAGAAGACAACAAUCACAGAACAAGACAACAACAACAGAACAGAACAGGACAACAACCACAGAACAAGACAAUAUCCACGGAACAGGUCAACAAACACAGAACAAGACAACAACCAUAGAACAGGACAACAACCACAGAACAGGAAAACAACCACGGAACAGGACAACAACCAUAGAACAGGACAACAACCAUAGAACAGGACAACAACCACAGAACAGGAAAACAACCACGGAACAGGACAACAACCACAAAACAGGACAACAACCAAAAAACAGAACAACAACCACAGAACAGGACAACAACCACAGAACAAGACAACAACCAUAG